AUGUCAGAUCCAAAGAAAAAGAUUAUAAAGAAGGGUGCCGAGCCCACAGAAUUUGAGUAUCAUGUCGCCCAAGCUCUUGGAGAGAUCGAAGCCUCAGCAAGCGAUCUAAAAGGUGAGCUUCGUGAUGUAAUGAUCACAGGAGCCACUGAAUUCGAAGGAAAGUUCAGAGGAUCUGUUCGUCAAGCCGUCAUUAUCAUGUUCCACUACAGAUCUCUUCAAGCAGUCAAAAAAAUUUACGCACGCCUUUUAGGAGAGCUUGAAAAAAGAUUUUCAAGACCAGUGGCUAUUAUUUUCACAAGGACUAUUUUGCCGAAAUAUCUUAAGUCUAAAGGACAACAAAAACGUCCUUAUUCAAGAACACUCACUGCAGUCCAUGAAGCUAUUCUUGAUGACUUAGUUUACCCAGCAGCUAUUUUAGGUAAAAGACAAAGAAUAAAGACAGACGGAAAAAGAGUCUACAAAGUAUUGCUUGACCCUCGUGACAGAGAAAAAUUUGAAGACAGACUAGACACUUUGAGUGCUAUUUACAACAAAUUGACAAACAAAGAACUUGUAUUUGAAUUUCCAGUGAGUAGAGAGUUCCCAGUUUAA